AAAAUUCCACACUGUUCAACUUUUAGUUUGAAAAGAAAAUAGAAAUGUAUAGUAAAAAUCCAGAAAGAAUGGGAUAAUCUAGAGCCGAACCGAACUCAAUAGGUCUGGAACUUUCUGUCCCCUUCUCAAAACCUCUAUAAUAAUCCGUAUUUCUUUCCUAUAUAUCACCCAAAAUUUGCAUCAUUCGAACCCACCAUACAAUAAUCAAGAAUCAAGCUCAUACACCUAAAACAAAUGGCUUCAUCAGCUCUAAGAAGAGCCACCUCUUCAAAACUCUUCUCCAAGCUCAACCCUUUCCGCUCUACUUCCAGAGCAGCUGCUGCUCGAUCCUUUAGCACCGACACCCAGAUCACCCACACUGGCAACGAUGAUCUCGGUACUGUCAACGUCGACCGUCGCACCUCCGCUGAUCGCGGCCUCUCUCGCCGCCGUGACACAUCUCCAACCUUCUUCCCCUUCGAUGUGAUCGACCCUUUUUCACCGACAAGAACACUCGGCCAAGUGUUUAACAUGAUGGACCAGUUGAUGGACUUCCCGCUAUCGCCCCGCGGCGGCGGGAGAGGGUGGGACGUGAAAGAGGACGAGAAAGCUUUGUAUUUGAAGAUGGAAAUGCCUGGCUUAAGCAAAGAGGACGUGAAAAUUAACGUGGAAGGUGAUACUCUGGUUAUAAAAGGUGAAGGGCCGGGUGAAGAAGAAGAUGGCGGCGGAAGGAAAUACAGCAGUAGGCUUCAGUUGAGCUUAAAUGGUUACAAGUUGGAUGAGAUUAAAGCUGAAAUGAAGAAUGGUGUUCUGAAAAUUGUUGUGCUUAAGGUUUCAGAGGAUGAGAAAAAGGAUGUUGUUGAGGUUCCAAUUGAGUAGAAUUGUUGAUAGCUGAAUAUGAACUAUUUUUAUAGAUUAGUGAAAAAUAGUUUAAGUGUGUUGGUUUCGAUUGUUGUUAUGAUGUGUGUAAUAUUGUUGAUUUAAGAGGUUCUUUUUUAAAUGGAGUUACAGAGAUAGUUUUGUAUA